AUGUCUUCUAGUGAUGAAAGUAAAUCUACACCGGAAGAGAAGUCGGAUCAAAAUAAAUACUAUAAGAGUGUAUUUCGCAAGUUUGAUAAGGAUAAAUCUGGAGGUGUAGAAUUGAGUGAACUGGCUGAAACCUUAGAGCUAGACGAUGAAAUACCAAGACACAUAUCAGAAAGAAUUUUUAAAGCUGCUGACAAAAAUAGAAAUAACGUCUUAGAUUUCAAUGAAUUUUACAACAUGGUCAGAAAUGCAUCAUACAAGGAAGUGUUUUCUAGAUAUGUAAAUUUAUAUGUCCGAUAUGUCCUUCCAAAACGAAAACAUCAUCCAGUAUGUACCGAACCCGAUGGUUUAUACGAAGAAAAAUAUACAUGCUGGCCACCGCCCAUAGCAUUAAUUAUUAUCUCAGCCAUCGAAUUGACAUUUUUUAUUAUGAAUGAAGAAGAUUAUGAACCAAAUGAUGAAGAAAAUUUUCAUAUAGGCAAACUUUUUAUUUAUGAUCCUUAUAAACGAGAAGAAGCAUGGAGAUAUUUAACAUACAUGUUUGUACAUAUAGGUUAUACUCAUCUAGUUGUGAAUUUAGUAGUCCAACUAUUCCUUGGUUUUCCAUUAGAAAUGGUUCAUAAAUGGAGGGUUCUUAUAGUGUACUUCGCAGGUGUCUUAGCUGGCUCUCUAGGUACCUCGGUCACUGAUCCUCAUACCUACCUUGCUGGAGCCAGUGCCGGUGUUUACGCUCUUAUAACUGGUCACAUUGGAACGAUAUUUAUGAACUGGAAUGAAAUGGAUUUUCCAUCAAUACAGCUGGGAAUUUUUCUCCUUAUUACCUGUAUAGAUGUUGGUACUUCACUGUACAACAAGUUUUACUUGGAACUAAACGACAAUAUAGGAUACGUUGCGCACGCUUCUGGUGCAAUUGCUGGUCUGCUGGUAGGAAUAUGGACCUUGAAGAAUUUUGUACCUUCCCGAAGAGAAACUUAUAUAUGGUGGGGUGCGCUAACUGUUUACAUUAUAUUUAUGGGGAUUCUUAUAUGUUUAAAUAUUUUCUGGACUGAUCAUUUUUUAACUGGUGCAAAUACAUAA